AUGGCGUGGGAUCACCUCGCAAUCAAUCGACCGCAUCUGGUCUAUAUCAUCCUAGGCGGGUUCACUUCAUUGUUUAUGCUGUGUUCGUCUUUCAUCAAGGAAAGACUAUACAUUGGUGAAGCGACAGUUGCUACCAUCUGUGGAAUUAUCUUCGGUCCCCAUGCCGCCAACUUGAUCAACCCUGGAACAUGGGGGAACACUGAUCAGGUCACCCUCGAAUUCUCUCGAAUCGUCCUUGUCGUCCAAUGUUUUGCCGUCGGAGUCGAACUUCCCAAAUACUACAUGGAGAAACACUGGAGGAGUGUGGUGUUCUUGUUGCUUCCUGUCAUGACUUUCGGAUGGUUGAUAACGAGUCUGUUCAUUUGGUGGAUGGUACCUGCUCUCAAUUGGCUUCAGGCUCUUACAUGUGCUGCUUGUGUCACUGCCACGGAUCCUGUCUUGGCCAGUUCCGUGGUGGGUAAAGGCAAGUUUGCCAAAAGGGUACCGAAACAUUUGAGAGAUGUCCUCUCUGCUGAGUCUGGGUGCAACGAUGGAAUGGCAUUCCCGUUCAUCUACCUGGCGCUAUACCUCAUUGACUACAGACCAGACGCCGACAAGGUUGCUUUUAAUUGGUUUCUUAUCACCAUCCUCUACGAAUGUGUGUUUGGUGCCUUUUAUGGUUUCAUGAUUGGGUACAUCGGAAGACAUGGUAUCAAGUAUGCUGAGAAGCAUGAUCUUGUUGACAGAGAAAGUUUUCUCGUCUUCUAUUUCGUGUUGGCUCUCUUCUGUGCUGGAUCUGGUAGUAUCCUUGGUGUGGAUGACCUUCUUGUGGGCUUUGCUGCCGGUGUUGGUUUCUCCAACGAUGGUUGGUUUACGCAAAAGACCGAGGAAUCGCAUGUUUCCAACGUUAUUGAUUUGCUCAUCAACUUGGCAUACUUUGUGUAUCUCGGGACAAUUAUUCCUUGGGAGCAGUACAACAACCACACCAUUGGCCUGACUCCAUGGAGACUGGUUGUGAUCGCCAUUUUUGUCAUUCUCUUCCGACGAAUUCCAAUAAUGGUGGCACUCAAACCUAUAAUACCAGAUAUCAAAACUUGGCGAGAGGCUCUCUUUGCAGGCCAUUUUGGACCCAUCGGUGUAGGAGCCAUCUUCGUCGCAAUUCUUGCCAGGGCCGAACUCGAAACUGGAGGAGCCACACCACUUGCCGAUUAUCCAGAUGUAAACGCUCCCAAUUACGAGCUUGUCACAGUGAUCUGGCCGAUAACCACAUUCUUGGUCAUUUCUUCCAUCCUUGUUCACGGCUCAUCGAUUGCAGUCUUCACUCUCGGCAAGCACAUCAACACAUUGCAACUGACAAUGUCUUACACACAAGAUGUCGAUGGACCGGGUUGGCUGAACAGACUUCCUCGUAUAUCAUCAACAUCGAGAUCACAAGCAAAGUCCUAUGCUUCCGAGACUGAUGGUGAGGAAAUGAAGAUGGAAGCCUUCCCUCCUGGUGGUCUACCUCCAACUGGCCUUCCUCGCGAAUUCUUGCGACGACAGAAAGAGGAAGACAAUAGUGCACCCGGAAGUCGAGCAUCCUCAUUGAUUCCACGUCGACGAAAGAAGAAGUGGGAUGAUGGACGUGGACCUGGUGGGCCAAUCAGUCAGUCUGCAAUUUAUCCUCAGCGACGAAGUCAGAGUGCACAUCUCAGUGAACAAACCUCAGACACUCUGACACCAGGUGAACGAUCUCCUGAAGGUUCGCCAUUGAAGGAGAAAGAUGAUGAUGAUGAGAGGAAGGAGAGCGAGCUAGGCGAGAUUCAAGAUGAUCCGGAGAUGCAUGAAAUUCUGCACAGACAAUCCAACGAGGAAGAGCGCGACCAGCACAAAUCUGAUGCAGAGCGUCAUCCACGGGAGACGAAUGUUUACCAAGAAGGUGACGAUGUCAUUAUCGAGAAUGCAGAUGGUGAAGUUGUAGAUGAGAAGAUCAAUUCCCGUACAAUGGAGGAGAGACGAGAGUCAUUGGCUAAGAUGGAGUCGAAUAUCAAGGAUGAUCUGGAACAUCCUAUGCAGGCUUACAAGAAUUUGAGAAAGAAACUUGGUGUGUGGAGACACAAGGACGAGCCGGCGAACGAGCAGGGAGAGAAAGGAAAGCAAGCACAUAGAAAGAGAGGUCCUGCUUUGGCGUAUCAAUUUGGGAAUACAAUCAUCGUGGAAGAUGAAGACGGAGAAGUGGUGAAAACCUACGAACUUCCAACCGGCAAGCAAAACAAAGAGCAAGGAGAACCAAGCACCAACGCCGUCCGUCAAGGCAUGACCCGAAUGAGCACCUGGACCGGCCUAACCAAAAAGGAUGACGCCAUCAAAAAAGAAAAGCCGACCGACCCAGAACAAUCCACCCGACCACGUAUGAACUGGGGCUUCAGCAAGACCGGCGCCACCAAAGAUGAAGUACCCAAACACGACGACGCAGAAGAUGACCGUCACAUCCGCUUCACAAUCGGCGGUGCUGGCCGACGUCUCACGAAAGAAGAUUUCCUCAAGGAGAUUCAAAGUCUAGAUCCUAAAGCUAGAUGCGAAGUCGUAGCCGAAAGCGACGCCUCUCCAGCUAUGAAAGAUCUCGCAAAGAAAGACGCCAGUCGCGACAGUCCCGGUAGCAGCCGCCUAUUUGGUGCCUCAGACGUCGAACGAGCAAGUAGGAAAGGAACCGCGAAAGCAGUCGGUGCUAAAAUGGCCCGAGAUCGAGGCGUGGAUGUUGACCCCGAAGAAGACCAAAGCGAAGAUAGUGACGAGGAACGAGCAAUCAGGAGACAGAAAGCGAAGCAAGAAGGCCAUCACGCAAUGGCUAAUCGUAAUGCAAGAGCAAGAACGAUUUCUAAUGCGGGUGCGCACCCGUCGAACGAUGUGCCGGAGAGUGAGGCGGAGAGGAGAAGGAGAGAACAGGCAUUGAAGGGCGUGGAUGAGGUUACGCCGGCGCAGAUGGGGAGAGGCAGGUCGAGAUCUAGGGUGGAUGAGGAGCCGGAGUCCGCGGUGGAGGAGAGUGCCGCGGAGAGGAGGAGGAGGGAAGCGGCGCUUGGUGGGGAGAGGGAGGUGGAUAGUGAUGAUGAUGAUGGGACGCCGAGGGUGCCGCCGCCGGUGGCCAGGAGUAGGGGGAUUAGGUUUGCGCAGAGUCCUGUUAGGGGGAAGCGGUGA